AUGGGCGCUGCCAUCUCCCGGCUAUGCUACAAAAUGGCCGGGAGACAGGACAUCCGAAUUCUGAUGCUGGGUUUGGAUGCUGCCGGCAAGACGACCAUUUUGCAGAAGCUGAAUUUAGGCGAGGUGAUCAAAAGCACCCCUUCCAGCGACUUCGACGUGGAGACUCUGUACUACAAGAACAUCACUUUCACUGCCUGGGACGUAGGCGGAGAUGCCAAGCUCAGACCCCUGUGGCGUCACUACUACCAGAAGGCUCGUGGAUUGAUCUUCGUUGUUGACAGCAGUGACCGUGAUCGCAUUGAGGAUGCAAGGCGGGAACUCAACAUGAUUCUGAAUGAGGAGGAGAUGCAGGAUGCCGUGCUGCUGGUCUAUGCCAAUAAGCAGGACCUGCCGCAAGCGAUGACCAAAGAAGAGGUGAUUGACAAGCUUGGGCUUAACACUCUUCGUCGCCGCGUGUGGUUCAUUCAGUCUGCAAGCGGCACCACUGGGGAUGGCCUGUACGAAGGUAUUGACUGGCUUUCAACCCGAAAAGAGCUGACUACCAUUAAGCAAUAG